AUGACCAUCUGCCGCUCCAACGAAUCAACCCUGUACGAGUUCCAGCUGCAACCGUACAACCCGUUGCCACCGGUUCCACCGAAAUCGCUGUGGCAUCGUUUCAACCGGAUCCUGUACUUUAUCCAAUUCUUGAUCAAAAGUAUCCCAGUUUGGAUAAAAGUGAUCAUCGAGUGGCUAUGGCCACCCGCGCCCAAAUCCAUCGCCGGCUGGACCGCCCUAGUUACCGGAGGUUCCAACGGAAUCGGCCACGCUACAGCCCUGGAACUUGCCCGGAACGGCUGUCACGUGAUCAUCGCCGACUUGGAUGUGGUCAACGGGAAGAAAACGGUCAAAGAAUUGCUUAACCUUGGUGUCAAAGCCGCAAUGUACAAAGUCGAUGUGUCCGUUUACGAGGAGGUCGUAAAGCUGGGACGCAAAAUCGAAAGUGACUGCGGGCCGGUGGACAUUGUGGUCAACAGCGCUGGGGUUUUACCGUUCUUGGUGGACGACGAGUACGCGCCGGAAAAUCUCCGCCGUGCCGUAAACGUCAACGUGAUGGGACUCUUUUGGACCACGGCGACCUUCCUGCCGGGAAUGUACGCCCGGGGUCGCGGCCACGUCGUGGGCCUCUCGUCCAGGGCGGCUUACACCCCGCUCGGCUACAUGCGCAUCUACAACACCACCAAGUACGCCGUGCGGGGCUUUAUGGAGGACCUGCACGACGAAAUCUACCACGCGGGGUACGAGGGCCGCGUGGUGACGACCAGCGUGUUUCCGGAGAUCAUCAGCACCCGGCGGGAAACGACGGAGCAUUUGCUUUCGUUGCCUGGUUCCUCCGAGUUGACGGUGCCAACUCCGGAGGAGGUCGGCAGAGAUAUUGUGCGCGCGAUCCGGAACAACAAGCGGAAGAUUCUCGUGCCAGAUUUUCUGCAAACGUGGCAGUUUGCGUUGUUUGAGGAUCUUCCAAAAUCAGUUUCCAGACUUUUGUUCCAACAGUUGACAAAACCAUGAUUUCCAAAAAAAA